CAGUUUUAACAAUUUAGAACAUAUUUAGAAUACGUCAAAAAAUGGAGGAGGAACGUCUUUUCGAUGAAAGGGUUUCAAUUAGGGAAUCAGCUCGACCCCUUAAAAAAUACGGUAGCACCUGCAACCACAUGAAAAGGCACGAAGAAUAUAUCAAACAUGUUAUGGCCAAAGGUGAUACGUUGCAAGGGAUAGCUCUAAAAUACGGUGUAACUACGGAGAAGAUAAGGAGAGCGAACCGUCUGUUCGCGUCGGACAGUUUAUUUUUGAGGGAAUAUCUGUUGAUUCCUGUGACCAAAGAUUCGCCUUUCUACGAGAGUGGUGAGCGGGUCACCGAGCCCGCGCCGCCGAAUCACCGCGCCUCGAUCGCGGGCAUGCCAACGAGAGACUUCUCACCGGGCAGUCCAGACGAGAAGAAGAGUUUCGACGAGUUUCUGAACAGGGUGGACUCAUCACUGGCUGAUAUCAAGAAACAUGUCGAGAAGACUAAGGAAAAUAGUGAAUUCGUAAAGGAGCUUGAAGAUGGUUUCGUGCGGCACCGACCGACGGCGCGACUGCGUCAGUCGGCGUCGCUCGGCGCGUCGAGCUCGUACAACGAGAUCAUCCCGCCGCCGCUGCCGCCGCCGCCGUCGAUGCUGACGCAGGGCCGCCGGGUCGACACGUCGCUCAAGAGGCUGGAGCGGACGCACGAGGACCUGUUCCAAUUGUAGCGGUCGAGACAGCGCAGAUAUGCGCGUUUCCAAUGAGCCCGCGUCACGCCGUCCCCGUGACGUCACGUCCUCCCCGUGGCGUCACGUGACGUCAUUGUUAGCGUCACGAACAAGCUCGGUGAGUUGCACGUGUCAACGUCGAGUGAUAUUAGAUAUAAACGAUUAAUAAUAUCAAAUUUAUGAUCUGUUACAUAAUAAACAUUUUGUGAAUAAUUAUGGACUACUGUAAUGGCUCCUCUACACGAUGGGCCAACGCCGACCACUCCAAGGGACGCAUUUAUGCGUUAGAGGGAGCAAGUGAUAUUGCUAUCUCAUUCUACCGCAUGGCUGCGUCCCUUGGAGUGGCCGGCGCUGGGCCAUCGUGUAGAGGAGCCAUAAUGUGUCGUUACAUGAUCAUACUUGUAAAGGCACGUUCACAUUAGGUUCAGUGAUGUAACUUAUUCGUUUUAUUGUAAAGAUAUUGGAGUUUUCUAACUGAUGUUGCACUGUAUCAGGCAUGAACUUAAUGUGAACUGUAAAUCUAUGAAGUAACCAAAUUAAUUUGAGUUAUUUUACAAUGAAGUUUAUAAACAAACUUUCUGUACCAUGUUGAUUAUGUCUUUUUACAUUUUUAUUAUGUAUAUCAAUAAUGAAUGCCAGUUGCGUGGUUUACGCUUGUCGUAAAUUAUGACAUAUUUACUACUAUAGUUUUUUUAGCAUUAGAAAGAACUUGCAAGAAGGUAAGCGAUCUUGACAUGUCUUUUAAUUGGAAAACAUUUUUAAAAAUCAAAAACUAUUACUUAUGAAAGCAGAAGAAUAUAAAUGAUCGUAUUAGAUUCAUAAUUGUUACAUAUUUGACGUAAUAUACUUUUAAAAUGUGUUUUUCAAUUAAAAGACACAUCAAGAUUGUUUACUUUAUUUCUAAUGCUAAAAAAACGAACUAUAAUUGAACUAUUGAAACGAUUUCAAAGUAGGCCUGAUUCAUCUAAUCGUCCUACGAUUUUAUAUAGGCACUGAAUAAAAGUUGAGAUUAUGCAUAAAAAUACCAAGUUACAGUAAACAGUGACAUAAAUCAUCUUAUGACGCUCGUUUAUUUAUUUUUAUCACUCUAAGAACAUACAAAUAUAUAGAGUAAACAGAUAUUUGUUGCUCUUGGAUUCAUUAAAAAAUAUGAACUUAACGACCACAACCAACACAAAUAUAAAAUAUGUUUGCACUGUUUCAAAUACAAAAUCUGUCUAUAUUAUCGGGUUCAAGUGCGAUUCAUCAUUAUUUUUUAUUUGUAAGUCGACAGGGUCCCAUUUUCUUAUCAUUUCUAGGCCAACGCGCAGUGUGAAUAUAAAUAUUGAAUAGAUUACACUAUCAAUUAAAAUAAAAUGUAUAGUGAUGCAGUCAUAAUCGAAACGUCAAGUCAAUGUUAUACAUAUUUACCUACAUACAUUAGUAGAUUAAAUAUGUACAAUGAGACGAUAUUACAACCUAUUUUAUCCUAUUUUUAAGCAUUAAUACAGUUUUUUACGUAGUUUUUAUUAUUUCUAUUUGAAGUAAAAAACUAAAUUGUUGAGCGCCUAUUAAUUUUUGUCCAGAAAACUAUAAUUCGCCUGUGAUGCUUUAUUUUACAUUGAAAAUUUUGCAAAGGUGGUACCCAACAAUAAAAAAAAUACCUACCUAUGUUUACUUACACACUUAUUCGUAUCAUAAGCCCCGAAUUAAUACCAAUUACUGGGUGGUCUUAUACAACAACAGUUAAUGUAUCUCAAAUACAAGUUCACAACACAUUUUAUUUAAUAAUUAUUGUAUAAUACUGUAAGUGUUAAUACACAAUUAAAUGUAUUUAUUAACUAUACUGUAAAUAAUUAAUGUAAAAUCCUACACUUAAAGAGUUUAGUCGCAGAAGCC